AUGGAGGAAAUAAAAAGACGUAAUUUCAACCACAGGUCUCAAACGAAAUCUGACGAAGAAGAAGACGAAUAUUUCGACGUAUCAGAUUCGGAGCCGCCGGAUUUGCCGCCCAACCCUCCGCCCACACUGGUAUCGGAUCUCACCAAAGUGCAUGUUCCACAAAUCGUGUCUUCGACUCUCACUGAAGUGACCAGUCACCCGAAAUUGGCCCCAACGCGACUUCUUCCUUUCGAACACAAGUCUCUCACCGUGGAAACCAAAAUUUCUCCCAUCGCCAUCCCCAUGCGACCCACAUCCAUGUCUCCUAAAUCCUCGACAACGACUUCGGCCACAGCACCCAAGGUGUUCGACGUCGGAAGUCUAGUGAGCAAGGUCAAGCCUACUGUGCCUUUCAAACCAAUCAGGACGUCUCUGUCGCCUAAAGAUGCUUUCCCCGCAAGAACGAAACCGCGUACGACCUCCACCUUAGAGAGCUUAAUGGGCAGCGACUUGUCGCGCCAGUGGGGGUCUGAGAGGACCGUGGAACUCCUCAGAGAUCCUUCCAAGGGACUAGGCAUCAGCAUCAUAUCCGGCAAAGUGGACCAUAGCGUUCGAGCCGGUAUCUUUGUCAAGAAUGUGUUGCCAGACAGCCCUGCCGGAUGGAAUGGAACUCUCAAGAGGGGUGACCGCAUUCUGGAGGUUAGCGGAGUAGAUCUUCGUAGCGCAACCCACGCCCAAGCAGUUGACGUCAUCAAAAAUGCUUCCAAUCCCGUCACUUUUGUCAUUCAGAGCUUAGUACCUUUGCCGAAGAAUUCAGAAGAGGUUGAAAGCCUGGUAGUUUCUUCGACCUCAACUCCUACUACUGAAGAGACUAAAGAAAUCGACAAAAGCUUAGACAAUGUAGUGAUUUCAGAAUCAAAGGUGACACUACUGCACAGUCCAGACAUUGCAUCCGCCUCUUCCUCUAAUUCGUCUUCCCGCGAAACGACCAUCAAACGAAGUCCGUCCUCCUCCAAGGACGACGUCCCCACCUCGUCCGUCGUGAAGAAGAGUGCUUCCAAUGUGGUGACCCCGGACGUCCCGUCCGUCACAAAACCGGCUAGGGAAGAAGCGGAAGACGUCUUAGCUGCUCCUCUAGCAAAAGGAAAGGCUCUCACGACCAAAGGCGUCCAGAUCGAUUCAACCAGUGCGGGAAAUGUGAAACUGACUCCUGCUGAAAGAGAGGCUUGCGUUGAAGAAGAAGAUGAAUUCGGCUACACAAACAGUAAGAUUUUGCAUUUAUUGAGUAAAGUGUAA